CCUUCCCCGGGUUUCUGCCCAACUUAUUUAGCUAACUUGUUUCUUUCUCCCGGUUUGAUCUUCGUCUCUUUUGGUCUCCAUCCCACCGCUUGCUUGCUUGUCAACAACUCCGUCUCUUUUCACUCUUACCACUUCUUCUUCGUCGCGACACAGCUAUAGAUUUCUAUCUACGUCUGUCUCUUCUCGUUCUUCAAGAACACAGUCGUCAAUAUGCCGAAAGUCAAGUACGUCCUCCUCGACUGCGACAACACUCUCGUUCUCUCUGAGCGUCUCGCCUUUGAAGCCUGCGCCGAUCUCACCAACGAAGUCCUGGAGAAACAUGGCGUCCCCGAGCGUUACACCGUCGAUUCUCUGCUGGAAGACUUCGUCGGCCAGAACUUCCGUGGCAUGCUAGUCGGACUGCAAAAGAAACACAACUUCCAGUUGUCCCAAGAAGAAAUGGAGGAAUAUGUCGGUCGUGAGCUCAACGCCGUCAUUGCCAAACUGUCUGCCAAGGCUGAGCCUUGCCCCGGUGUACCUGAGCAGUUGGAACGCUUGAAGAAGGAGGGUUACCCCAUGGCUGUCGUCAGCACCUCUGCCAAGCCCCGUGUCGUUGCCUCGCUGAAGAAGGUUGGUAUCGACAAGUACUUCCCGGACGAGCAUGUCUACAGCGCUGCGACCUCUCUCAACCCGCCAUCCAGCAAACCCGACCCAAAGAUCUACUUGUAUGCCUGCGAACAACUGGGUGUCAAGCCGGAGGAAUGCAUCACCGUCGAAGACAGCAAGAGUGGUGCCACCGCUGCCAUGCGGGCUGGUAUCCCUCUGAUCGCAUAUGUCGGCGUCUACGGAGUUGAGGAAGGAAAGGAGAAGAUGGAGCAGAUGGCCAAGCUGCUGACCGAGCAAUGCAAUGCUGCCGCUGUCAUGUAUGACUGGAACGAAUUCCCGGACAUUCUGAAGAAGCUCGAGUCUAAGCUUUAGAAUGAUGAACCGUGACGAACGGCGGCUUCGGUUGACGACGCACAUGACCGUGCUGAUGCGAUGGUGCUUGCAAGCCUUCAGAGAGGUACUGCCUGCAAGCCGAAAUGAGACCCAGAACAAUCAUUAGGUGGCAUGGUCUCUGUUCCAUGCCAAUGAGCUAGAUUCAACACCUCAAAAGGUGUUGUUACCACCAUGAGUUGAAAUAGAACUUUCCGACUCAAAAAGAGCCCUGUUCUAGGGCGUUGCAUUGCUG